UUUUUCAUAAACUUUCUUCUUAUAUAAACAACACUUAAAACUCCCUUUCAAGAGCAGCUUUAAUUUGCAAAUUCCUUCAUAGAAUUAGCAGAAAUCAGUUCACAAUUGAGAUAAUAAAUAUUAAAAAAAAAUGGGCAAAAUAGCAACUAAAAUGCCUAAUUUUUGCUUAAACAGGAUUAGGCCUCUAAUUCGUCUUCGUUCGCCACCAAUGCAAUCCAAGAAUAGCGAGAAUGAAGAAAAGAAAGAUGAUUCUGUCAAAGUCGAGAAGGAGGAAUAUUCCGGCGGUGGUGCUGAGAAACAGGGAUCAAAAAGUGGCCGGAAAGUCAUGAUCGUGGUCGAUUCGAGCCCGGAAUCUAAGAUUGCUGUCCAAUGGGCACUUACACACACUGUUCAGAAUCAAGAUUUGGUGAUUCUUCUCUAUGUUACUAAGCCUUCAGGACAAGGUGAUCAAUCUACAAUUAAAGUACCUGAAUUUGUCACUUGUAUGAAGAGUUCAUGCCAACUUAAGUGGCCUCAGGUGUAUGUUGAGGCGGCGGUGGUGGAAGCUGGGCAAGAUUAUAGAGGACCUGCAAUAGUGGAGGCGGCGAAGAAGCAAGGGGUGGCGCUGCUGGUGCUAGGGCAGAGAAAACGGUCAUUCACGUGGCGGCUGAUGCUGAUGUGGGCUGGGAACCGGGCACCGACGACUGGCGGCGGAGUGGCGGAGUAUUGUGUGCAAAAUGCUAGUUGUAUGGCCGUUGCUGUUAGAAGGAAGAGCAAGAAACUUGGUGGCUAUCUCAUUACCACUAAACGACAGAAAGAUUUCUGGCUUUUGGCUUGAUUAAUAUUUCGAGUUAAGAGUUUUUUUUUUUUAAUUGUUCAUAUUUUUGUUACAAUUUGAAGUAUAACAUUUUUUAUAGAUAACUUUACUAUUUUUCUUUUAUUAUGUUGAAAAGUUGAGAAAUAGAAUUUGAUUUUUGAAAUAAAAUGAAGUUAUUGUUUGGUGAAUCACGUGCGUGCGUUGAACGAAAUUAAUUGCUUUGACCAACAUA